GAUUAGUCCAGAGAGGAGUGGAUUGGAGUCAUCAAGGACAGGAACGGAGGGGAAAGACCUGGGGAGCGGCUAUUUGACAUCCUGACAAGAGCUGGAGACAGGCUUUUACCAUCAAUAUGCCGUCUACCACUGAAGCUGCAGAAGAAGCCAAGGUUAAUUCAAGUGAGCCAACUGGUGGUGAGGUUUUAGCAACAAAAGUGAGUGGAACUGUCAAGUGGUUCAAUGUAAAAAAUGGAUAUGGCUUCAUAAACAGAAAUGACACUAAGGAAGACAUCUUCAUUCAUCAGACUUCUAUUAAGAAGAAUAAUCCUAAGAAGUACUUGCGAAGUGUUGGUGAUGGUGAAGUUGUUGAAUUUGAUGUUGUUCAAGGAGCCAAGGGGUUUGAAGCAUCUAAUGUCACUGGCCCAGAUGGAGCCCCUGUCCAAGGAAGCAAGUAUGCCCCAAAUCGUAACCCGCGGUACCCUGGUUUCUUCCGUGGACGUGGAUAUGGCAGAGGUUAUUACCGUGGAGGGAGAGGGGGCUACUACAGACGUGGACGUGGCCGUUUUGGGCGUGGGGGAGGGCGCUUCAGACGUAGUUCUGAGGAUGACCAUGAAGAAAGGUCUGAGAAUGAGGUAGAAGUUGAAGAGGAAAAGGAAAGAGGAGAAAUUGAAGAAACAGAGGAUAGAGGAAGGGGCCGCAGAUAUAGGGGUGGAAGAGGGAGAGGCAGACCAAGAUACAACAACUACUACAACAGGCCCUACCGUGGACGCCGGCGACAGUCCCCUCGUGCGGAAGAAUCUGCAAGUGAAGAGAGGGAGGAAAGCAAAGAACACGAAGGUGAAGAGAGGUCAAGGGCCAGAGGCCCCAGAAGGGGUAGAGGCCGUGGUAGAGGUUACAGAGGACAUGAGCGAGUCUACAGAAGGCAGGAAAGGAACCAAAAUUCAGAGAAUGAGGAGAAGACCUCAGAAGGAGAAAAAGAGCAGAGAAGUGAGGAUGAAGGAAAGCCUCGUAACCAGAGACGUCGUAGAAACAGAAAUAUAAGGAAGAGGCAGCCAAAAGAUGGCCAGAAAGGGGAGCAGGAGAAAGGAGAAGAAGUUGCAGCUCAAGAGCACGUCAACGGAGAGAUCGAAGCUGGAGCAAACUGAACUUGAGAUUUAGCCAAAAGUUCACAGAAACUAUGCUUGCAAAAACGUUUACAUCAUCAUUGAUUAUCAUCAGUUAGUUUUGGACUUAUCAAUUUGUUUCUAGCAUUGUAUUUUGCCGAGGCAAGAAACAGCCGCCUUUAUCAUCACUUUCAACGGUUCAUCAUAGAAUGGUACGCUGCAUAGAAUACUUCCCUUUAAGGAACAUAGAGCGACUUAAAUUCAGUUCUUUAUUGCAUGUAGAAACUGAAGCAAUGUCGAAUAGGACUUUGGCCAGUAGUGGCAAAUCGCCUGUAGGAAAGGCUGUUUCUUUCUUUUGCCAGCUUACAAGUAUAUUGAGAGCAAUGUUGUGGUUGACGCAAUUAUGAUUCGGUCUUGAGAAGCAGAGAUUUUGUUGGGUAGUGAAUUACAUCACCGUAUUGGGUUAAGUUUGUAGCUGUAAACCUCAGUUUGAUUGCAAUAUUCCAUCUUGUAAGGCAGCUGUUAUCAGGAAUUAUCGUGUGCAUGGUCAUCUUAAACAAGUAUUCCAAAUGAUAUAUUACACCAUCAGACAUACAGGCCGCC